CCAGCUGAGCAAAUGGAGAAGUCGUGUGCCACAGCCUACCAUCCCACUACCGUGAUAACAUCACUAGUGCUGCGGGGAUGCUCUCGCAACUUCACACUGCUCAAAAUUUCCUCCAAAACAUAAAUUCCACAAUGACUUCGAACGUGAAAGUGUCUGCAAGUGUUCAGGAUGUCGGGUUUGAGUCUUACUUCGCACAUCAUACAGGAAAGGUUUACAACAUACUGAAAAGUCUGAGUAUGAAUCCUAUUCAGAGCAUUCACAAUAUCGACACUACCAAUUUGGAUACCCAAGCGACGUUCUUCAUUCAUCUUCUGGAUUUUGCUACGAGGUUCGAGCCUCCUAUGUCUUCAGCCAUUAAAAAGCAGCUAGACUCCUUGAAUUCACUCCUUCCUGUCUGCAUGUUGAAAGUGACUAAGGUAGUGAAGUGUCUCAACCUAGUGAUGUUGAACAGAAAUUCCUCGCAAUAUACCACAAGUACAACUUUUAGAGCAUCGGGAGAUAGAGCUCGCCGUCACACGUCUUCAUCUGCUACUUCUACGUUCUUGGUCCAGGGUAGCAAAACUGAUACAGCCUCUACGACUACACCCAUGCCACGUUCAGGAGUGUCAGGAUCAUGGGUGGUGGGGAAAGUGGCUGGCUACAAGCUUGAAGAUCUAACCCUCUACCACUCCAUUCAUUCACUCUCUACCAGUGAUCCAGUUAAGUUUAUUGUAACUCGCCUAGCCAGGGUGAAGAACCUGGUAUUUGAGGCAGUGUUAGAUGUGCCUCUGGUGAACACUGUGGAGUUGGCGCGCCUGCGUCACCACGCUCUCCUGCUCGACACGCAAACAUUAACAGUUUCACUGUCAUUUUCCCGGCCUGUUAACGUUGGUGGGGAGGUGGUGGUGACUGAUAUUACCAACCAAGUAGAAGCAUCAUCCUACGUCACUUUGAGUGGAUCGUGUGUUUUUUCCCAGCUUGUCACCUUCACGAAUGACGUAGAAGUUCAGGGGGAGGCGAGGGUACAAUCUACAAUAAAUAGCAUUGACUUGGUGACUCUAAGAGAUAGUGCAGCUCUGACAACCUCAAGUGCCCAAGUGUUCCUCACCCACGUCACCUUCCUCGAAGUAGCUGCCUUCAGUGUGACGUUCGAGAGCGGUAGUGUGGCUGGUGUGACCUUCAGUGACCUGGUGUUACUGAACCAGACAGCAGUCAUCACAGGAAAGAAAAGAUUCCAGGAGGUGGUUGUGAAGGAAGGCGAAGUGAAAGUACGCAGUCUCGAGGUGGACUUCGUAAAUGAUGUAAACAUCACAGCACUCUUUCUCCACUCGCUCAAAAAGAACUCUGGCGGUGCCCAGGUGUUAAGUGCAUCCGUGAAGCUAAGAAAGCUGCUGGUGUUGCGGAACUUGACAACGAGAGGCUUCAGCGCACUAUCUUCUAACGAAGUCUUUGACAUAUCCAGGAUACAGCGUCAUCUGGUGUACCUGGAUCAGACUACCAUCAUCUCCGGCAAACUACUACUCAAAGGUGCCACCUCAGUCGCCAUGUUCACCUUCCUCGGCACAUUUGAUGGUGUACCAGCAACGCGCUACAAGACCGAAUGGCUGCUGAAGACGCUGGAUCAGGCCAUCUGGAGUAAGGUAGUUUUAUCUGCAAUGAUCUGCGGUAAUGUCAACACAGCGCCAGGCGUGAAGAUCCAGGGAGUAGAUCUUGCACACUUCCUAGGCUCCAGCUUAGUGAUUACGGAGUCUGAGGUUGUGCACUUCCCAGUGAUUUUUGGUGAAGUGAUAUCGUCGUGGGUGAGCGUCUCAGGGUUGGUGCAGGGAUGGGAUCUCUCAGAGGAAUCAGUCCUCGGUACAGCAUCGAACGUAGUCUUCACAGCCUCCAAGACUUUUCUUGCCUCUGUCAACAUCAGCGGCAGCUUCCUAGCCACGCAGGGAUUCAGCGGAGUCGACCUAGAUUCCCUCUGUGGCCACAUCUCCGUACACACGCUAAAAGUUCAUGGCACAGUGACUUUCAUUAGAAAUGUGAGCUCGUACUUUGUGCACCUGGGACAUUACGGGAUCACGGAUGGGGCCAUGAAGGAAUUCUGGAUGAAAGACGAGAAUAUUAUCCUAAGAGAGAGUAUAACAAUACAGCUGCUAGAAGCUACUAAUAUCUACCUCAUCACAGUCAACGAGGUAGACUUGCUGGACUUGAGUGCUCAUAUUCUGCACCGGAAUUUCAGCAGCACUCAGAUCGUGUCUGGAGUCUUCACUUUAGACUUCCUCAAUGUCAAUUCCUUGUAUGUGGACACGGUAAAGACUGACACCUUGAAUGGUGGCUCUGUGAGUGACUUGCUUAACAUCUUUACUAUUGAUGAAGGCCAGGUCGUCACUGGUCACUGGAAGCUGAGAAACUUGCGUAUGCUUGGUAACCUAAUGACAUCAGGGCUGGUGAACGGAAUGAGGAUGACUCGGUUCUGUCAGAUGAGGCAGAAGUGUUUUGUUCAUACCAGAAAGACAUUUACUCAAGACCUAUCAGUCGGUGGAAACCACUACGUCCUAGAAGAAAUGAGAGUGCAGGACGUGGACGUGUCUGAAUCCUUUAGCUCUGUGGUGAGUGAAGAAUCCUGUGGGUACAUCCCUGGGCUCACCACCUUCAAAUACUCCUUAAUCAUCGACGAGAACGCAGUGUUCAAUCUCGACGCAAGUGAAAUGACUGUGUAUGGGCUGGUGGAUGGCGUUAACAUGACCACAUUGAUUCUAAUGACCGUAAAUGAUGAACAGGUCAUUAAAGGCCACUUAACAAUAACGUCAGAAGGUAUCGCCUUGGAAUCUGAUGUCAUGGCGGAUAACGGGUUGUUUAACAACUUCAACCUGACAGAGCUGUUAGAGCGAUCGUACAACCUGGACCACACCCAGAGGGUGAUGCAGCCUGUGAGGUUCCUAGAGGUGGUGGUCUUCAAACAAAUUGAUUACUACUUGUGGAACACUAAGAUGGUAGAGAAGGUGUUAAAUCCUCCGCAAGUAUCUUAUCAGUCCAGCUUCGUAUAUAUGUAUAAUCUCUCCCGGCUCCUCAAAUGGAUAGUUGCAGGUAGAGUGCAGGAAUUUUGGGGAUGGCGUCUUAUCCAGAGCUUCGAAGAUUCUCCAAAUAGGAUAAUACCGCUUAGGCUAGCUUGGGAAAAAACUGCUGGCCCCAGUGGCUCUCUGACCCUCUCUUCAAAUUACAUGGCACUAAUCACCAGUGUGGUGGUACCAAGCUUCUCAACUACAGUCCUGCUACACAUCAGUACGAAGGAGUUGCCAUGUUGCCAGGUAAUUGCACAAGGAGUGUAUCUGGGUACCAACGUAAGGACGGCGAGGUGUUCCUAGUAACGGGGCAUGCUUGUAACCUGGGCGACCAAGCCUUCAACAGCUCUCAUUCUAAGGUUUGGGGAGAAGAGUGGGGGGUACGUGUGCACAAAAUAAGGAUGUCAGGUCGUCCCUUCCUCACCACCUCCAUCCGUGUACCUGGAGCAGCAGAUGUACAG